AUGCAACUUAUUCGCUGUAGACUCUCAGAGACUGAAUGUGAAGUUGUGGCCUCAGCUCUGAAGUCCAACUCCAUCCAUCUGACACAUCUGGACCUGAGUGAGAACGAACUGUCUGAUUCAUCAGUGAAGCAUCUGUCUGCUGUACUGGAGAAUCCAAACUGUAGACUGAAGGCUCUGAUAUUGGAGGGCUGCAGUUUGUCAGAGAUCAGCUGUGAUUAUCUGGCCUCAGCUCUGAAGGACAACCCCUCCCAUCUGAGAAAGCUGUAUCUGGGAGACAACGACUUGGAGGAUUCAGGAGUGGAGCAGCUGUGUGGUUUUGUGGAGAGUCCAGACUGCAAACUGGAGACUCUGGAAUUGAGGGACUGCUGGUUGUCAGAGAUCAGCUGUGAUUAUCUGGCCUCAGCUCUGAAGGACAACCCCUCCCAUCUGAGAAAGCUGGAUCUGAGCUCCAACAACCUGAAGGAUUCAGGAGUGAAGCAGCUGUGUGGUUUUGUGGAGAGUCCAGACUGCAAACUGGAGACUCUGUUCUUGAUGAGCUGCAGUUUGUCAGAGAUCAGCUGUUAUUAUCUGGCCUCAGCUCUGAAGGACAACCCCUCCCAUCUGAGAAAUCUGUAUCUGGGCCUCAACGACCUGCAGGAAUCAGACGUGAAGCAGCUGAUGGAUCUUCAGCAGAGUCCAGACUGCAGA